AUGGAAAACGAAACUUUACAACGCCGUUCAACGGCUACAAUUACGAAUAUGGGAAUAAAUUCUUAUUCUACAUUUGGCGCUCAAGGUGAUCUCACUGACGAUAAAUUAACUAUUUUACCUGUACUACAAGAUACACAUUGUAUUACUCAAGAACGACGUACAACUGACAUAAAACAUACAUUCUACGACGAACAGUUAUCCUCAAGUAAUACAACAAUGAAUUGGGAUAUGGAAACUAAUUAUAUAUGUCCAUCAGUUGUACAUCAUUCCUCAAAUAAUAAUUAUAUACAUUUAACUGAGUGUGUUUUACAAACAAAUCCAUCAACAACAGUUAUUCAAAAUACACAAACAAUGAAAUUAAAUAAUGAUGAUGAAAUACAACAAGAUAGUAUUAUUAAUACAACACAACAAACUUUGACAACUAAUAUUGGAACAACAAAACAAAAUUUUACAAAUUUCACUAAUACAGAUCUCAAUGGUUCAAAAGUUAUUCGUCUUGUUCGUGCUAAACAAGCUACUAAACGUAAAUCAAGUUUAGAUACAUUAAUUGAAGUUGUACAAAAAGAAUUACUUCGUGUAAAUGGUCAAUCAAAUUCAACUUCACCAUCAUCAUCACCUCCUCAUUAUUCUCAAACACGUACAUCAACAUCAUCAAAACAAUUACAACACCACCACCACCAACAACAACAACAACAGUCGCAACAACAUCGAUCAAUAAUAUCAUCUGUAUUACCAUCAUCACAUCCAAGUUCAUUAACAUCUCAAUCAAAUCAUUCAUUUAAAAUAGCACGUAAACGAACAAAUCAUCAUUUAAAUAAUACAAAACGAAUACCAACUAAUCGACAUCGUAGUAAAUCAUUUAAUAAUAAUGAUGAUUUUACAGAUGAUAUUGAUUUUAUGGAUGAUGAUGAUAUUAAUAAUAAUCAUAAUGAACAACAACAACAACAAGAACGACAACAAUUAAAUGAAUCUAUGGAUGGUGAUGAUAAUGAUGAUAUACAAUCAUCAUCAGAAAAUAUUGAAGACAUUGUUCGUGAUACUGUUGAUAAACUUGUUGCGAUAACACUACUUAAUAAUGCACCAUUUAUUGUUAAUAUGAUUACUGGUACACCUGGUAAUACAACUAGUACAAAUAAUGAAUCAAAACCAUUGACAAAUAUUGUUAAUACAAAUACUACAUCUACUAUAAAACCUAUUUCAACAAUAUCCUCAUCGGAUUAUUAUCGUAAUGAUCUUGCAUUACUCUCAUCAACUGCAAGUGAAUUACGAAAUUCCAUGCAACAAACAUCACCUAUUAAACAACAACAACAACAACAACAACAAAUGAUUUUACAACCAACAACAUCUACAACAAUUCAAACAAAUUCUUCAAUUAUUCCAACUGAUCAAAUAAAAUCUUCAACACCAACUUUAUUUGUUACUCCACCACGUAUAUUAAAUUUACAAACUGUUAUACCAAAACCAACAACAAAUAUUCAAAUUGGUAAUACAAAAAUUAUUCUUGUAUCAUCAUCAACAAAUCUUCCUCCUCCUCCUCCCCCACCACCACCUCACCACCACCAACAACAACAAUGUCUUGUUAAUAAUAGUCCAGUUAAAUUAGUUAAAUUAACUUCAGCAUUACCAAAAAAUGUUCAAAUUGUUAUACCAUCACGAACAUCAAAUGAAUCUCUUUCAACAACAACAACAAUUCAUCCAUUAACAACUUGUUCUAUUGAUCAAAUACCACAAGCAGCACAAGAAGUAACUAUAACAACAUCACCAAAUUUAAAUAAAUUACGUCGACGUUCAUCAAGUACAACACCAACCGAUAAACCUGUUGGUAAAAUUUUACGACCAAUUGCUAAAGUUCUUCCAGUUUAUUCAUCGAAUAAUAGUAAUCAUGUAACUAAUUCAUCAUCGACUAUAACAACAAGUCCAAGACAUGAUGAAAUAACUAAACCAAUGGCAAUUAAUUUUCAACAACGAUCAACAUCAACGCAUGGUCCUAUGAUUUAUCGAAUGACAUCGGUGAAUUCAAAUGUACCUGUUUUUCGUGUACGUGCAACAACUACUCCAACAACUUCAACAAUCAAUACUGAUUCAAAACCAAUAUCAGUUGCUACAACUACAAACAUGUGUUAUGAACCUAAACAAACACAUAAUACAACAACAACAGGUGGAUCAGUUUCUGUACUUGCUUGUUUUAAAACAACAAAGAAAAGAAAUAAGGAACGAGCUAUUAUGCCACGUCCAACUACAACAGAUUCUAUUGAUACUUCUCAUGAUUUACAACAACGACUAAAUAUUACAACAGCAACUAAUAAUUUAUCAACAUUAACUACAACAAAUGUACCUUUAAUUAUUAAUAAUCAUAAUGCAACAGAUGAUUUAACAAAUGGUAAUUCAACAAUUUUUUCAUCACCUGAUUAUUGUCAACAAUCAACAUCAACACGUCUUAUACAACAAUAUAAUUUACCAACAACACAUUCGGAUAAAACAUUGUCAAAUAUACAUUUAUUAUCAACACAACAACUUAAUGAUUCAACAAUAUCAUCAUAUGAUCUUAAUAGAUCAUCUUCAAAUAGUAUUCCAAUAAAACGUUGUAAUUCAAUACAAUUAAAUAAUAAUUCAAAUUCAAUUAAAACAAUAACAACUCCAUUAAUAUCACCAAUACAAUCAUUAUGUUCAACAUCAAAUAUACGACCAUUAAUGGAAGACAAAUGUAUUCAAUGUAUUGAUGAUAAUGAGAACAGUACUGAACAUAAUGAACAAUUAACAAAAAAUAAUUUAUCAAAAAAACGAAAUAGACAAUCUCAUGAUGAUAAUAAUUUAUCUAGUGAUGAAAGUUGGACAGUAGCAGCUGACACUCUUCUUCGUAAUGUUCUAUCACAAUAUGGUUUUCGUUUUUUGGAUGUUAAUUGUCAACAAAAUUUAUUAGCUAAAUUUGAUAUUAUUCAAGCUAAUCUUGUCGUAAGUUUAGUUAAUUCACUCAAAUGAAUAUAACGGCACGCGCGCGUGGGUUAUAAUGAAUAGUCGCUUUCUUACAUGUCAUCCUUUCAUCACCUAAUACAUUUUAUUUAUAAAAAAACAAAAAAGCCUCUACAAUUUACAAAGAAAAACUUAUUUUAUAUAUACACCUUUUGUUUUGUAAAAAAAUAAAAGACAAAAUUCUGUUCGACGAUACGAACAAGGUCAUUUUUUUUUCUCGUAAAUGAUUAAUUCAUUUGUUUAUAUCAAUAUUUUUUAUUAGAAUUUGUUUAUAUUGCAAGUUGACGGGAUCCAUAUUGUACGUUUGUUUACACUAACGACGGUAUAGCGUAUAUUACACCGAACAGUCUAGUAAAUGAUUGAUGUCCGAUUUGAAUCAUAUGAGAAGACAUAUAUUAAAAGACUAAGUAUUGUAAAAGAAUUAUAAUGUGAUGAGAUGUGCUUCUAAAAAUGGUAUCAUGUCUCGAAUUAAAUUCUAAUCUAGUAAAAUAUUAUCUCAUGAAAAUUAUAUUGAAAUUGUUCUUUGAUAUGUCCAAUAUUAAUCGAUAAUUUUAUCAAUUGAAUAAGACAGUACAAUUAUCUCAUAAACAUCAGAAAACGUUGAUGAGGUGCAUAGAGUAUUUCAUAGGCAAACAUCCAUGGCCAACAAAUAAUU